GCUAUUACAUCUGUGCAUGAGGGUGUUGCAAGUGCUGCAGCACCAGCAGAGGUCAUUCGGGACAGAGCCCCUCCCUUGCAGUCUGCUGCCACAAGUUGGAUGAGCACCCUCCUCUCUCCUCAAUUAUGUCUGUUUCUCACAUUCAUCAUCCCUCUCUCACUCCCACAUAUUCUGCUGCAAAGAAAUGGGUGGAGAUAUUAGGUGUGCAUGCGUGCUGACUCCCACAACGACACACAAUUACGCUGAUCCUUUCGCAACAUAUCUCAACUCAGAUGUUCAUUGCUGUGAAACCGCUUGCGGUAACAGAUUAAAAAAAAGAAUUUAUUAAAUGUGCCUUUAUAUCAUAAAGGGUUCUAUGCGCAUCGUGGAGUUCUGGGAGGUCCUUCUACUUCCCUGUUGUCCUAAAAAAACAUUACUCCAUCCUUAUUUCUUAAAAUGAGGGGCGGGGGGCAGCCACGGCAAUACACCAGCUGGCACAAGAGACCCCAGUGUCUAAUUGUCUUAUGAUGGAAAAAAGAUGUUUCAUACAAUGAAAGAGUUCUGGGUAAUGAUUGCAGGGAAUGCUGUUUCCAGUGGGAAUGCAUCCUUCAGGUCCAUCUGGUCUUUUCGGUUGAAUAUAAAUAAUGAAUCAUUAGUUCCAUUCUGCUGAUGCUUGCCACAACCUGAAGGUGAGAGGGAACUAGAAACAGGGUUUUCAAACACUAAGUCGCGCACACAGACAAAUUCACAGCUGUUCCCAAACAUAGUAUCAAACCUGUCGCCCCUUUAUUCUUUUUUUCUUCUUCUUGUAUCUAUUUGGUUAACAAGAAGCAUGUUGUUAUAGAUUGAGUGAGUUGUUAUGUUGCCUUUAGCCAUUGCCAAAUGGUACUACAGUAUUUUAUAACUUAUGUCAUGUUUAAUUAGCAAUGACCAUGAUGGUACUGUGUCAAGGUGCAGGCCACGUUAUCUAAAUAUGAAUUCAGAUUGAGGGGAUUUUUUAAAAUACAAAUUGUGGCGACCUGGCUUUAAUGUCUCUCUGUAGAUUUGGUUAAAACAUAUCAGAUAUAUUAUCUCAGUAGCUACCAAACAGUCAAUGCCAGUGUUUUUCUAUUGUUUUAUCAUUGUUUAUACAAUUUGGUUGGGGUUAACAAGAGAGAAUGGACAUGAAUUGCAAUGUGAUGUGAGCUUUGCAAGUGUACGAAAUCCAUUUCACACAAGUAAAAUGAAACAUACAUCAUUAGAAAAUCACUCACCUCUCCCCCAAUCCCAACCAAUUUAAUCGCACGCUGUGUGCCCUCUUCCCCAUCCUACCAAGACUGUAUUUUAAUAAAACUGUAAAUUUUGUGGCUGAGGAAGCAUUAAAAAUGCCAGCAAUUUGGGAUUUAAGAACUCCUGGCUAUCAAUCCAUGUAAAAGUGUGUCUAGCUCAUAGAGACCCUCAGCUAUGUCAUCUUGUGAAGGGUGGGGUAACUGCUGCAGUCCCUGUGGGGCUGGGUCCUCAUCUUAAUCCGUAUUUUGACACCUUCAUUGGAGAAAGAUGUGGGACAAUAGAAGGGCUUUUUCUUUAAUGGGUGGGUUAUUCCUGCUAUACCUGAAUACCUGCCCACUUUCAAGCAGGGGAAGAAAAAAAGCCAGGGACGACUGUGUGCAGGUAAACUUCACUACAUUAGUUAUUUUGACUUGACAUUCAUUUUGUCCACUUUCAUGAUUGCAUCAAUAGCAGUUUAUUCAUCUUCCGUAUGUGUGAGUUGUGUGAUUGCUUGACAGGUGUGGGCAGUAAUAGGUAGCCUCAGAGCAUAAUAAGCAACACAUGACAAAGGACCUCAAAGAGGGGCACUAAGGGUUCUACUGCCAUGAGCCCACAUGGUACUGUAAUAUUCUUUCAAACUAAAGUAACAAAACACACGGACAACCAUGCACACAAAUAGAGUAUCCUUAAAUAGACAAAGAGGCAUUGCCAGCAGCCAUUUAGACUGGUGCAUCCGAUAAAAAAUGAAAAUAAUGAUAAAUCGACCGGGUUAAGGUCGACACAGGAACUGCUGAGGUGCUGUUGCUGUUGCUGCUGCCUCAUUAGCUCUAAUUCCCUCAAGUAAUUGUUCUCGUUUCACUAGGACAAUUUUCCCUACCUUUCAUCAUUAAAGAAAACAUUAUACAGCUCGCAUUCUUUUCAUGAAUUGCCUUUCUAUCCUCGGGGCUCGAGCAAAUUGACUUGGUGGAAUUGUUAGUUGUGCCGGCACCAUGCUUCCCCUUUAAUGUGGAGCAGAGAGGACAGCAGUGUCGGGGAGCGCAAGGCGGUGGGGCGAGGCGCGCAUGUAGAUCUUUAGUAUGCGAUGCCCGGAUGCAGCCCUACGCAUAUCAACUAUGGUGAAUUACGGUUAAAUAUGAGAGACAUGGAAGGAGGCGGCAGCUCGGAGACAGUUGGUCGUGAUGAGGUGACACAUCCGUUUGACAGAUUAGUCAAAUCUUGGAGGAAGGACAGCUAUGAAGGAAUGGACUCACGAGCACACGGCGCCUUUUAAGAGGAGACAAACUGGAUAAGAUUACAUGCGCCUACAGAACCAGGACGGAUCUUCCUGUACCUGAACCGACGACCGCGUGGUGCCUUCAUCUCCUUGCGCCCCGACGUGGCCCCACCCUUUCUAAAACCUGCAGGUCCCAUCUGCCUCGAGCAUGACGGUUGCCACCAGCGACCCCGCGGAUGAGGCAGCUGCACAUCCGGGUCAGCCUCACGACCUGUAUGACCCAGAGCUGGAUCACGAAUGCUGCGAGAGGGUCGUCAUCAACAUUUCAGGCUUGCGCUUCGAGACACAGCUCAAAACCCUCUCCCAAUUUCCAGAGACGCUGCUGGGGGAUCCCAAGAAGAGGAUGAGGUAUUUUGACCCUCUCCGGAACGAAUACUUUUUUGAUCGUAAUCGACCAAGUUUUGAUGCCAUUCUGUACUACUACCAAUCAGGGGGGAGAUUGCGACGGCCUGUUAACGUGACCCUGGACAUUUUUUCUGAGGAGAUCCGGUUUUAUGAAUUGGGUGAGGAAGCUAUGGAAAUCUUCAGGGAGGAUGAAGGUUUCAUAAAGGAGGAGGAACGGCCUCUGCCGGAGAAUGAGUUUCAGAGACAAGUCUGGUUGCUUUUUGAGUAUCCGGAGAGCUCGGGUCCUGCACGCAUUAUUGCUAUCAUCUCUGUUAUGGUGAUUCUUAUCUCUAUUGUCAGCUUCUGCCUGGAGACAUUGCCAGUUUUCCGAAAUGAUGAUGAGGAGAUGUACAAUUAUCAAUUCCAGUCCAUGUCCAAUGCCACCUACAUCUAUGAUAACUCAGCUUAUUUCAAAGACCCUUUCUUCAUCGUGGAGACCCUGUGUAUCAUUUGGUUCUCUUUUGAGUUCCUCGUUAGGUUCUUUGCCUGUCCCAGUAAAGCUGGAUUUUUUGGCAACAUCAUGAACAUUAUUGAUAUCGUGGCAAUCAUCCCCUACUUCAUCACCCUGGGUACAGAGCUAGCAGAGAGGCCCGAAGACGGCCAGGCAGGACAGCAGGCUAUGUCUUUGGCUAUUCUGCGCGUCAUUCGUCUAGUGAGGGUGUUUCGCAUCUUUAAACUCUCCCGUCACUCCAAAGGGCUCCAGAUCUUGGGCCAGACUCUGAAGGCAAGUAUGCGUGAGCUAGGCCUCCUCAUAUUCUUCCUGUUCAUCGGCGUGAUCCUCUUCUCCAGCGCUGUCUACUUUGCAGAAGCAGACGAGCCGAAUUCCCAGUUCAGCAGCAUCCCUGAGGCCUUUUGGUGGGCAGUGGUUUCCAUGACCACAGUGGGCUAUGGAGACAUGGUCCCAACGACCAUUGGAGGGAAGAUUGUCGGAUCUCUCUGCGCAAUUGCUGGUGUGCUAACUAUUGCCCUGCCUGUACCUGUCAUUGUGUCAAACUUCAACUACUUCUACCACAGAGAGACAGAGGGUGAGGAACAGGCACAGUAUCUGAAUACCCCAAGUGUGCCUAAAGCCAGCUCAGCUGACGAUCUGAAGAAGAGUGGUCGGAGCGGCAGUGGGUCCACUCUCAGUAAAUCUGAAUACGUGGAGAUCCAGGAGGGUGCAAACCACAGCACUGAGGACUUCCGACCAGAUGGCAUGAAAACAGGAAACUGUACACCGGCCAACACUAACUAUGUAAACAUCACUAAGAUGCGAACAGAUGUGUAAUGCGAGUGACCAUACAUGGUUAACUCCAGCUGGGGUCUCCAAGGGGAGGAUUAUGGUGGGGUCCCAUGCAUUGAAAAACAUGGAGCUCCCAACAUAGGAGUCCAGAGCAGAUUAAUGGGUUAAUCUUGGGGAAAAGGUGAGUCAAGAGGACUUCUUGAUGUCACUCAUCUUGUGGACCAUCAGCGCAUAUCAUAGAGUUGCUGUCCCUCUUGUUUAGGACAUUGUCAGCGUCUGCAUGGAGUUAGUCUUACCUAUGUGGCAGUUGUCUCCCUGCUCGCAACUGUAGCCUAACAGUAGCCUAACCAGUAAUAACCAAUAGUAACAGUCUAAAGGGACCACUAGUUUAUUUUUUCUUGCUCAAACUGCCGUGGGGAGGAGGGGGCUUGGGGAGUUGCAGGAUAACAACAAUCUACAUCAAUGGGACAUUUAUUUUUAAACUUAUCUUAACUUAUUAACUUGUGAUUAAAACAGGCCAUUUUAUCAGGAUUAAUGAGCUUUAAUCUGCCACUCCAACUGCCAAGGACCUGAUUGAGAGAAAAACAAAGUCAACAACAAAGUAACUCUUCUCUUUGGGCAAAACUGAAUAGUGCUUUGGCCAUCUCCAGAUUUGAUCCAGUAGAACUAGUAAGCCCUGUUGAGAACAACAGAUAGAGGAUGUUCUGUGCUGUGUUACCAAACCUCAAUAGCACACCUUCUCUGCUUCUCAGCUCAAGUGGAUUUACAGUGAGAACACUCUUAUUGCCAAGACUUUGCCUUUUUUGUUAGCAGGUGGACAAAAGAAAUGUCUCAGUAAACAGAGUGAAUGUUUAUUUAUUGAUGUGGAUUUUUUUUGUAAUACGAUGAAUGUGUGCUUCUUAUCUACAUUUUUCUGUGAUACGUCAUGUAGAAGGAUAGUGAAUGUUUUCUCUGCGGCAUUCUUAAUGAGUGCCUAUUUUUCCAUCCUCAUAACUUGAAGUGUCUCCUUAGACCCCACCUUGGUCCACUGUAACUGAUGUACAGUGAGGAGAGUUCAGUUCAACACCACUGCCCAGCAAAACUGUUGACUUCAUAGCAUUCCACGUUGAAAUAUAUUGAAUAGAGGAUCAAAAUAUAAUUCAUUUCAACCAGGUUUACCAGGUUAAAGUUUUUUUGAUGUUUUUUUAUUAACACAGUUUAAAAUGAUUUUUAUAGUGCCCACAAACAAAGACAGAGCCGUAAUAAUUCAAGAUAAUUGUUGACAGCUAAAUGAAUAGAUCACCAAAGACCUCCUGGCGUUGUAGAUCACAACGGCAUUUCUGUGUGAUAAAAGUUUAAAUGAUUCCUUUUGCUAAUUUUGCCCAAAUAAUCUAGGACCGAGAUUGUAUCGUCCAUGGGCUUUUUAAUCAAACAGCUACUCUGCUAUUGUAGUGCCGCAUGCCCUUUGAAGUAUUCACUGAAGCAUGAAUUAGUAUUCAUAACAGUUGAAAAGCCAAAUGGCAUCAAUAUAUUACUAUAUCUCUACUGCAGCUAUGUGCGAAAACAGUAUGCUUUAGAAGUAUGUCAUGCUUCCCGUGAGUAUCUUCUUGCCAUUGUUAUCUGAAAUAUUGUUGAGUCCCAAUCCAUGUGAGUUGCUUACCUAGAGAGGGUUGUGUGUGCAUGGGAAGAUUUAACUGUCCUGAAUAUAAAGGAAGAAGGAACAACAGUUCAACUGAGGGCAAAAAGGAGAAAGUUUGAGAGGAGAUGAGAUUCCAAAUCCUCCCUCCGGGCUCAAGGUCGGGGAUGGCUAAGUAUUUCAACAUCUCAGAGGCUACCUACUGCUAACUUAAGCUUUAACGUCUUAAUAGUCAGUUGCAGUUGCAAACCAGUAACAGUGUCUUGUAUUGGAGGCGCAACAACAGCUACUGCUGUGUCUACUGCCAGCACAACGGAGUCACAGAUUCAAACGGUCCUUUGGGCUGACCUUCUGUCCUGCCAAGUACAUUAUAACACUCCAUGGGAUUGUCUGAGUGCAAUUAUCUCUAAUAUAGGCCCAUCCUGCUCAGUGUGUAGUGUUGUAUCUGUGUGUGUGUGUGUAUGUGUGUGUGUGUGUGUGUGUUCAUGUGUGUGUUCAUGUGUGUGCGAGUGAAGAACAUGAAAGAGACAAAGAGAUUGUGAGGAAUAGAGAGCUUUUAGACAUUAGCAGUUAUCUGAAACACUCGUCUGCUUUACUCCAGGUCCGGUGCUAAGUAUGUUCUACUCCUUAGCACACUGUUUACAGCCUGUGCAUAUCUUCGGCAGGUGCAUGUAGUACAAUAAAAAGACAAGGAUACUGCCCGGGAUGUCCUGUCACACUCACUGGAGAUGGGAUCUAUGAAAAUGAGAUAAGCUGCAGUAUCAGCCGAGUACUGGGGAUUGAAGGGGAGAGAGGAAAAUACGAUAAUGAAAGUAAACACUGCCCCCACCCUCUUUUGCUGUUUGAUUUGAUGUGUACGUGUGCUCUUCUAAACUGUUCUUGUGUAUUGGAUCACCUAUGUAACUAUGUGGCGUAAAAGCUUGGCCUGGACAUGUGUCAUUUCCACUCUUGUGAAAAGGCAGAAAACGUCUUGAAGAAAGCAACAGCACGGCAAGUCAGCAUCGUCUGAACAUGGGAAAACACACCUUUGCAGCAUUUUUGCUGUAAUGCACAUACAAAAUGAGGACAAGCAAACACACAAGCCGGACAGUUGGACACAUACAGCAGGUAUGCACACCGGCUGUGAUGGUCACGCCAGUAUCACGACAGAAACCAAAAUCGACCUUGAAGGCAACAAAGUGAUCGGCCUCAAACCCACUACUGAUGGUUAUCACACGUAACCAUGGAGACAAUGUGCUAAAGAGUUAGAGCUGCUUUCAAUGAUGUCUUGAAAUGUCUCAAGCUUCAACUUUAAAAUGAGCUUGUAGAGAUUCCUGUGUAGCAGGGGGUCAACGUGUAUGCUUGCUGAAUUAAUCCAGUUUUACAUAAGAAAAUAGUCUCUUGGGUUUGAAGUGCUCCAAGGACAAAGGACGGAAGUAUUUUAAGAAAUCGCAAAGUAAAUAUGAUUUCUAUGAGAACUUUAACUUAUUUGUGUCAUCAGACACCGUGUACACCGUGUACCUGUUUUUGUUUUUUCUUCUACAUGUUUUUCUAUUUGACUGUUAUUGAUGGCUCACUCGGUGCAGGGGGGCUUUGACCCAAACACACACGCAGGCCUCAGUCGAAUAGAUUCUGUCUGUCCGCCUUAAAACACCCCAAAACAACCACUUCUUCUACUUCUACUUCUACUUUAUGUCCUCCGGCUUUAUCAACCACCACAUGUGUGUAUAACAUUUAGAUAACCCUCAGCUGUGUUUUUUCUGAAAAAAUACUAAACUAUGAAGCAAACUGUCCAUUAUUACAUUAAGGAAACCUGGAUCUGAACAUGUCCUUCAUAAGGAACUUCAGUGAAUAUAAAUUGAUUUACAAAACAUUUUGACAACUACUUCCAUAGUUUAAUAUUAUUGUAAAUCAUAAUCAUACUAUGGAUAAUAUAUCACUGAAAUGUCUUUAUUCUAGCCUCAACCUACUGUUUUUUCUUGUGAAGGUCCUUUUGUCAAGAUUUAGGAAAAAAACAUUACUACAUUAACAGUGGAUUCAAAUCAGCUUUUCUCAUGAGGGUAUCUAUUAUGUCCUUCACAAUAAUAAUAUUCUUUGUGUGCCUGAUAUCCACAUAAUUAAGCAGAAAAUGAUUGAGCCUCCAACUCCAAAUCAGUGACUGUUCAUGUUUUAUGAAAUUCACCAUGGGAGGUCAAACGCAGACAUUUGCUUCCCACUGAGUCUCUACACAAAAAGACACAAGGAGUGUCUCAUUGGAUUUAAAAAAACGAACAAAAAAAAGGUCACGAGAAAGAAGAGUUACCAUUAAAAUGUAUGAAUGCAUCACUUCAGCGGCUGCUCUUGUGUCCAUUAAAGAUGGCAUAUUUGAAUUGACUAUGGGCCCUUACCUCAUUGCUUUUUAUGUCCUGCUCGUCUCCUUAAGUGAAUCGUGUGCCUGUGUCACCUUCUGUUUAUUAAACCAGCAAUGGGCAAAGUGAGGAAGAGAGAGCGGAACAAAACGCUCUUGACUCCUGGUUCAAAGUAGAGUGGGAGAAGUACAAACAGACUCUGUAUCAUCACCAUUUCAUAACAUUUACACUAACCCAGGAGCGGGAAAUGUUUUGCCUCACCUCUCAUUGUCUUAUCGUUGCACUCUUAUCCCCGCUGCGUCAGUUUGAUCUCUCUUACCCUCUCUAUUAUUUGACCCUCUCAUGUUUCCUUUCCCACACACAUGCCUCUCCAUCCCUCCCUCUCCACCAGCACUAAGCACCACACUAAUGCACAGUGUGAGAUGUGACUCUCCCCUCAGACCUAUUAGGAGUAUAAUGCACCCUCUGGUCCACCUUGGUUGGCUGGUUUCCGGUGUGGAAGCUAAGGCCAGCCGCCUGGCAUCCUUCCAGAUAGCUAAUGGGUAUUGAUCCACGCUUGCUGUUUGAUUAUCAAUGUAUUAAACAGAAGCUUGGCUCAAGUUCUCCUUAAGUCGGCCAGACAGAAACUAUUGCUGCAUCCUGAAUCAAAAACACACACGUGGGUUAUCUCAUCACGAGUUGAGGUUGUUCUCUGUUUUUGUCCUGACUUUUAUUUGAAGAUUUGAAGUAACUAGGAAAGAAUGAUUAAACGGAUGGAGUACCAA